CAUUGUUGGCUUUAAAUACCUGCAUUUCUUCAAAGACCACACCACGACGACGAUUGAGCACACCGUAAAUUCCUCCAACGGCUGAAAAAUUAAAACCAAACAGUUAGUAUUCAGUUGACGUGUAUUGAUAUGCCCCAUCACGCACUCCACACACCACUCAAACAAGAAAGGCACUGUUCGUAAACUUCCUAUCUUGCUUUCACAGAAUAGGGAUCUACACCUUGUGUGUAGAUCCCUUUUCUGUGUCUUGCUUUAACACAGCAAGAUUUUUCCCCCUCAUGGCCAGCGUCAUGAAGUUUACGAACAGCGCCAAAUACCGGGUUGUCUUUGUAACAAGUGGCUCAGUCAACUUUUUGUACGAUUAUUUGUAUUAUUAAAGAAAAUAAUACUUAAAAUGGACCUAUCCACCCCCACCUCCAGUAAAAUUACCCAUGUUGGGUCACCAUCCCCCUCUCCACCAAGUAAUAAGAGGAUGAAAUGGCAAAGUGAAAGUGAGGUAAACAAUGGAUGUACAAUUCUUAUGACAGGUCUAGCGAAGUCGGGGAAGACCACGAUUUCCAAUGCCCUCACUAAAAUGCUAAAAUCCAACGGGAUUUUAGUGAAACAAAUAGACGGGAAGUCUUUGAGGGCCGGUCUCUGCAAAAAUCUGAAUUUUGACGAAGAUAAGGAUCGGUCGGCUUUUGUUCACUUGGCUAGUGAACACGCCAAAGGGAUCACAGAAGAGGGGUUUGUGUCCAUAAUUUCCAUUGUGGCUCCAUUACAUGAGGAUAGACAGAAAGCCAGGGAUUCUCAUGAGCAAGACGGACUGAAGUUUGUAGAUGUCUUUGUGGAUAGGUCAAGAGCGGAAUGUGAUGCAGAAACUGGCCUGAGAAGAAAUGUAAUAAACCCUAUUGAUGCGGACUACGAACCACCCACAAAUCCAGAUGUUCAUCUCAAACGGAUUGGAAACAAUGUGGAUGAAUUGACGAGACAUCUUGUUUCGAGAUUAGUUGGAUAUAAAAAUAAUUCACCCGCUGUUCGCUCAACCUCAGUCGCCGUUUUCUCCAUCCAUUUCUUCACCCAGAUCAACAGUUCCUUCUCCCUUUACAGCAACACCUUCGCCCUCCUCAACGACAUAUUCGUCUGAUUCGGAUUUGGGUGUUGGAGAGUUUGACGACGAAAGGGAUAGCGUCACAAAAUUCAAACUACCAAGAAAAAGUGAUAUCCGAACAAUAUUCGACUAUGUAAAAAGUGUUCUUGUUCAAAGAGGUUUUGUUGGAAAGGAUGAAGAAAUUGACAAAGAUCCAUUAUUUUUUGUGCUAAUUGAGGAAUGGACGACUCACUAUAAUACUCAUAAAGCAGGAAUGGAAAAGUUUUUCCCUGUCAAAAUUCCUAUAUCAACUCGUGGUAAGACCCAAACCAAAGGUGCGAAAACCCCUCAAAAAAACGAUGUCGGAGAAAACGAGUGGGGUGAAUUCAUUCCUUUAUAUUGGAAUGGAUCAACGCUGUGUUACGGCAGUAUACACCAGGGCGUCCCUCACCUCAAAAAAUGCAAGCAAUGUUGGUCGAGGUCAACAUCGGAGGGCUAUUUGUGUAAUAACCAUUCAACAAACCGAUAUCAAAAUUUCGCCGUUUUGCGUGAUAUUAAUGAGAAGACCAUUCAUUAUCAUGCAGCGUUAAGCAUUAUGAGUGUGAAGAAAACAGAAUGGACGACAAAUAUGGUUAAAAAAUCUGCUUACAAUAUCAAUCUAACACAAAAAUAUCUUGCUGCACACCCUAACGCACAUUUCACCCCUAUUUAUGAAAAAUCUAUUCUGCUCUCCUCCCCGGAACGACUUCCAGCCAUUCAUUCCAUGACAUUGUCAGUCGCGCUCAUCACACUGUUCAGAAACAUGGAAAAAAUUGACUCGGACGCCCCCAUCAAACCACAUUCGUUCCUUCAUAAACAGUUAUACAUGGACAACGCUAAUUUGGCAGCGGUGGAAAAGAUUUUGGAAGAGAAUGGAGUGACUUUCACCGUGGGAAAUGAUGAUGAUGAUAGCAGUUCCUCGUUAAUCAACAAAGAUCGAUAUUGCUCAAAACUGCCUAGAAUCUAUUGUGGAGUGGAACCCAACAACAAAGUCAAUGUUGGAUUGAAAACGUCCAGGAGGAGGGAGGAGGAGGAUCAUUCUGUUUACACCCAUAGUGACCAAUUCAAAUCAGGACCCAUCUACCAAACCCCCCUGUCGGAUGAGCAGCUUGCGAUUGCAAACACCAUUGAGACAUCUAAUUCUUUUAAACAGUGGACGGAUCAGCAGAGGGAUCUAUUCGAUUUGGUGAAAGAAGAUUGCACAAGGAAGGAGGGAUUGGGUCAUGCAGCUCUUGUUCUUGCAGAAAUGAAGGGCCAAUCCUACAAUGGCAUCCUCAUUCAAAGGGACAAUAAGAAAUACGAGAAUGUA